UAUAACUUUCACUAAAAUGAAACUUUCUGUUUCUAAAACUCUUCUAUUGACAUGUCUCUCUAUUCAAUGUAUUCACAUUGCAUUUAUAAAUGCUGCUUGCCCUGCAGGUUGGGAUUCACGAUCGGAUUCAAGCAGUGUUGAGUAUGGCUAUCAGGUUGUGUUGCAGAAAAAUAUAACUUUUAGUCAGGCACAAAGCAUCUGUUCAGGUCUUGACAGUGAUAUAGUCAGCAUUCACAGUAAAGAUGAAAAUGAGUUUAUUUAUGGUUUGAUUAAAACAAGCGGAGUUGUACUCUACAUUGGAAUGCAACAAGUGUCAGAUCAGUACUCACCUACCUGCUCAUUUACUGAUAAGACAGAUUGCAAUUUUGGAAAUUUCAAUGGUGUUAAAGAUCCUAAAAGACAAGAAUACCCAUGGGUGAGAAAUCCAUCGAUCACUACUGAUGGAAAUACUGUUCACUGCGUCGGGAUUGCAGAUACGACUUAUAAUUAUGGCAAGCCGAAUUUUAAGUGGAAUGACGUUGGGUGUAACGACGGACUUGAUGGAACGAUUUGUAAAAAGAAAUGUAUAGGUGAUAAUAGCGGAGGUUCUGCUUCAACUGCUCAAACACCUGAGGCUUCUAAAGCUUCAACUAUCCUUCCUGCGAAUACAGGAGCCCCAGUAGUUUCAACCAAGUCUGCCAUCGGUGGAGGAAGCAGUAUUGGUCCAGUGGUUACUUCAAAACCAUCAGGAGCCCCAGUAGUGUCAACCAAGUCUGUCAUCGGUGGAGGUAGCAGCAUUGGUCCAGUUGUGACUGCUCAGUCACCAAAAACAUUUUCUACCUUAUUACCAGGUUUUCCGGGAUCUACUGCCAAACCUGUAAACGGAGGUGGAAACAAUGGCAGUUGUGUUAAUUGUAAUUGCAAUGAUGGAUACAGGUGUGGAUCGGAUGACUGGCAAGUUAAGCAUGGAAAGGAUGGAUCAUUCGCCUACAAAUAUUUUCCUGCUCCCAACAGCUCUUAUUUUACGGCUAAGGCUAUUUGUGCCAAAUAUCAUGCGCUUCCAUGUUCAAUUAAUUCUGAAGAAGAGAAUGAAUUCUUGCUCGAAAAUGUAGCAAAUAUCCAGCUUAAGUCCAAGAAAAGGGCUAAGCGAGAGAUACAAGACAAGUGUAUUUGGACUGGUAUGCAUAUAGCAGUUACAGACAAUCAUGAAGAGGAAAAUGACUGUUACUGUGAUGAUGGCAAAGAAUGCUCGUAUGGACACAAGAAAGGGGACAAUGAGGAUGACGAUGAUGGCAAUGCCAAAGAAGAUGGUCAUGACGACAAGAAGAAGAAAGAAAAGGAGGAUAAAAAGAAGAAGGAAAAGGAAGACAAAAAGAAGGAAAAAGAAGAUAAGAAAAAGGAAAAGGAAGAAAAAGACAAGAAAGAUAAAGAUAAAAAGAAGGAAAAGGAUGAUGACGAUAAAAAGAAGAAGGAUGAUGACGAUAAAAAGAAGAAGGAUGAUGACGAUAAAAAGAAGAAGGAUGAUGACGAUAAAAAGAAGAAGGAUGAUGACGAUAAAAAGAAGAAGGAUGAUGACGAUAAAAAGAAGAAGGAAAAGGAAGACAAAAAGAAGAAGGAAAAAGAAGAAAAGGACAAGAAGAAGAAAGACAAAAAGGAUAAAUCUAAAGAUGAUUGUGAUGAGGAUGACCAUAAGAAAUGUAGUUGCAAGGGUAAGAAAAAACCACCAUCCCCCUGGGCUCCCGGAUGUCCAUCAAAACCUGGAGGUGGAGAUAAGAAGCAUUGUGUUGGAAUUGGUAAUGAUGGAAAAUGGAAGGAUGUCAACUGUGAGAAGCCUGGAACUGGAAUUAUAUGCAAACGUCCUUGCUCUCCAUAAAUAAGGGAACUGUUCAAUAUGAGACUUUGACUGAUUUUAAGAAA